ACUGUCCAUACGACCGACACUCGCGCAGACGAUGAAGAUUCCAGUACAGCUCUGUGUUGUAUUAUUGCUGAUAACUAUUACUGCAGCCUCGCCUACCUGUCACACCCCCCUAGCAGUAUACCACAUACCAGGGACCAUCCAUCUUGCUGGUUUGUUCUCGGCUCACUCAGGAGUGAACUGCAGCAGUCCAGAGACUGAGGGUCAACAUCAACUGGCUACUGCUGCCUUCAUCAUACACACUCUCCGGAACAUUGACUACAUUCCUGGGAUAUCUAUAGGUCUCUCGGUUUAUGACACGUGUUCUUCAACUGAUAUUGCUUACAAAGCUGUCAUAAAUGCACUGGUACAAGCUGACUGUCUGAAAGCUAUAUCCUUAGGAUGUUUAACAGUACAAGACAUUGCUAAAACUCUCAUUCCUCUGCUGGAACCACUGAACACUCCAGUAACAACUUUGGCAGACUCCUGGAAUGUUGCUCUGCUCUCACAGCUGGGGGUGAAGGUGCUGGUGGAGCUAGAAAUGACAGAGGUGGACUGGGUGUUAGCAUCAUCAGAGCAACAGCUGUCCCAGUUUGUGUCCGAGGCUUCUCAGCAUCGCAUCUGCAUCAGGCGACAAAACACUCUCGCCUCUCAAACGCUAGAGAUACCAGAAGGUAACAUAGUUGUGAUAGCUCGCUGGCCCGACUUGGAGAAUAGUUUGCGAAUAAGCCCAUACUCAAACCUUCUCCUCAUACCUCUUGAUGGGGAGGUAAACUUCAAAUCAGAUCGACUUCCACGUGAGACAUAUACUCUUGUCCCAUCCCUGAUUGAAGUCCCAGACCUUGAAAAUUCCACAAAAUUGGCAGAAGCUAUUCAGGCUCCACUCCUUGUUCAAAUGGCUGCAGAUAUCUUCCAGAUACUGAAUUUAUUCAAAUCUAAUCUAGCAGCAUCCUGUCCUCCGAGCACCAUAUGUGAUGCCUUUACACCGACUCAACAUCACAUCACCACACAGAACAUACUGAGCACUCCACAUCUUGUCACCUACGUCCUGAACGUCUUGCAAAUGAGUGCAGAUGAAUUUUAUGGAUAUACAGUGUACCACAAAAUUCCUGAUGACUCUACAUUCUACCAACAUUUUGGAUCUUUCAAAAUUAUCCAUGAUGAAUGGGCUUUUGUCUCUGAAGAAGCAAAUAAAACCAGUGCAAGUUUAUGCCGAAGGGUUCCAAAUGAAAAUGUCUCUGGUCUCGAUUGCAGUGACUGUGCCAACUAUAAUGAAAUUUAUCAAAACUAUUUUGAGGAAGAAAGAAAUCGUCAGACACUAGUGAAUAUGGUUGUGUUUCGAUCGGAAUCGUGGAUAGCAGCGAUUGUGUCUGUUUCAGCGGUAGGAGUGGAGGUGUCAUCGGCUUUCCUGCCAACUGUUACCGCCAAUUGACCUAACCUCACUUUUUGUCAAGUUUGCUAAACAGCUGUGGACGGCCGCCAUCUUGGUUCUCGAUCCCCGCGACGCCG